CGGCAUUCACUCAGUAGAAAUUCAAAUAUAGGCAUGGCACAAUGUUGAGUAAUGCUUCGACGUAUUUGCUUACAUAUUGCAGUGGGCAGACGAUCGCUGUGGCCAGAUACGCAUGUGUACCACCUUACAGUAUGGCCCUCUCGCUUGUUUGUCCGUGGCUCAAGCACAGAUCGUGUGGAAACUGCUCCGGAAUAGUGCAUGUGUGAAACUGCUCUGGUCGAAACCUACAGUGAAUCCCAUCUCCCUAAGCCCGAGCGGACAGCCAGGCUCACAAGCAGCUGUCCCUCAAGUGCUACGCUGAACACUACCAUUAUGUCAGCACUGCAGGGCGAGGUCGAAUGCACACACGAAUCUGGCUGAGGGCACGUGCCCAAAUAAAAGUCACGCGCACGGCCAUCCAUCCAUCCAGCAGACACUACCUUUUACAUGACCCGCGAAGACUAACUAAUAGAGGCACACGGGCAGAUAGGCAGACAGGCAUACAACAACUCACGUCUGAGUGUGAGUGGCAGGCAUGGCGAAUGGCCUUUGCCACCGCCACGCUCGCUUCCUCACUCAGCGGCACACUCCAUCCGUCCAGCCAUCCAGUCAGUAGAAGCAGCGGACCUGACUACCUGACUACCUGACAACAUGACAUGAAUACCUUUGCGAGGAAGAAGCAAGCACACGAAAUACCUACACAUACAUACAGAGAUAAAAUUCGGGACCAAGGCCCGCAAGUGGGACAAACAGGAGCCCAGUGAGGGUGUGUGGUGCAACACAGCACUGCCCAUGACGUGCAUGACUUUGCACCAGUCAAUGCAGGUGCGUGUGCGUGUGCGUGCGCUCGAGUAUACGUCUCUCUCUCCCCAUCUCUCUCUCUUUCUGUGUGAGAGGCUGACUGACUUCGCCGCUCAUAAAAGCUGGCAUUCACACAUUCACACAUCCAUACAUACAUACGACCCCCAAGAAGACAUACAGACAUACAGGCAGGCAGGCAAGCAGGCAGGCACCCAUGGCUCAGGAAUACCUGAAAUGCAUCUCAUCGCUACAGAAACGUCAGUCAUUCAUUCGCUCUCUCAGGGCCGCGCGUAUGCGUACAGAGUACGGCCGCCGGUCUGUCUUGCGGCCCAGCAGCUGGAAGUAGACGGGCCGACACAGUCAACCCUGCCCCCACACUUCUCCCCCCCACACCAGGUCAUCCUGAAACGAAGGGGCGGUUUCUUCUUCUUGCAUUUCGACCGCGGUUGCACAUCCACAGGGGGCGGGCUGACGAAGGCCUGCAGGGGAGCGGAUAGCUUGCGCACGUCGAAACCGAGGAACUCGUCGUAGCUCGAGUCCCUCAGCGCACGGCGAACUGUCUGCUCCUCUGCACACAAGCAUCAGACAGCACAAGUAGAACAUCUUCACGUGUUUCGUGCCACUGUUCUCUGCUUACUUGUUCCGACGAAGCCAGCGCACUUGCGAAUCGUGGUGAACAUAUAGACGUGGCCGCUCGCCAAGUGCUUUGCCUCGUACGACAGCAGACCCCUCCGCCCUCUCUGGCUCCGCUUGCCGCCCUCCACCGACUCGCCCACCCCGCUGUCCUGCAUGUCCGUCUGGGUGUCUGGCACUGUCAGAGGCCUCCUCUGCACCACCACCUUCGACUGAUGACCCCACGGUGGGAUGAAGACGGGGGAGUCUGGCAGCUUGCGCUUGUUGGACCUCGUCUGGCCGCUUGUGUCAUGAAGGCAAGGGGUGGCGGUGAUGAGGGUCUCACGUGGGGUCUCCCAGAUGGCCGAGGGAAGGGGGGUAGUCAGAGCUUGGGCAGGCGUGGAGAGGUUCGUCAGCUCCAUCAGCGAGGCGUUGCCGAAGGGCUGCAGCUGGUCCGGGGCUCUCCACAGCGACGACUCGCGCUCGAGGUUGCCGGGCACGCCAGUGACGCCGCCCAUGUCGAGUGGAAGCAGCGGCUGCCAUGGCAAUGCGCCAACGCCGCCCAGUAUCGACUGGUCAUCGUUGCCGAGAGACAGCCCUCCCAAACUCACGAGUGGCGCCUCGCUGCUGCCUGGGCAGCCGUACUGGAAGUACUGGAAGUCUGGGCCCGUUACGGACGUUUCGCUGCGGACGUCGUCGUGAUCUGCUGAGAGGGAGGGGGGAGAAAAGACAAGGCUGGGAAGGCUGAUACUCAUAGCGUCACGAUUGGACCACGGACUGAGUUGAG